GCGGUGCGCGGCGACACAGCUUUCUUAAGUGUGAUUGCGGGAGCACGGCCGCCUUCUCUUCGGAGCGGCGCCUCCGAGUUACGAGAAGAAGUACCCGCGUUCUCGCUGCUUCGCUCCUCCUGCACCCUGCAAGGCACCCCUCAUGAAACACUGUGUUGGCAGGUCGAGGAGCGGCGUUACGCAGAUGUAAAGAAACAAGCGAUGCUGGUUCGCCAACUGGAGGAGGAGCUACGGAUGCGAAUGCGCAACCCGAGCAUCGAGAUGCAGCAGCAGAUGGAGGUGCUGUACGCCGAGAACGAACACCUGACCCGCGAGAUCGCCAUCCUCAGGGAGACCAUCAAGGAGCUGGAGCUGCGGAUAGAGACGCAGAAGCAGACGCUGCAGGCCCGCGACGAGAGCAUCAAGAAGCUGCUGGAGAUGCUGCAGAACAAGGGCGUCGGUGGUAAAAUGCUAGAUGGAGACAGGGAGUCAUUUGAAUCCCUCCAGGCCAGGCUGAUAGAGAGUGAGGAUAAAAUUCGGCACUAUGAGAAUCUUGUGAGGAAUCGAGACCAGGAACUCAGUAAGACUAAGAGACUGGACGAGUUCCGCGCGGAGAUCCAGCGGCGCGACCAGGAGAUCCUGGCCAUGAGCGCCAAGAUGAAGACGCUCGAGGAGCAGCACCAGGACUACCAGAGGCACAUAGCCGUCCUCAAGGAGUCGCUCUGCGCCAAGGAGGAGCACUACAACAUGCUGCAGGCGGAUGUUGAAGAACUUCGACAACGGUUAGAGGAGAAGAACCGGCAUAUAGAGAAGAAAACACAACAGGCGCAGCAGGCGAUACAAGAAAGAAACCGUCUGAACAAUGAACUCAGCGAGUUGAGGGACCACAUGGACAUCAAGGAUCGCAAGAUCAACGUCCUGCAAAGAAAGAUCGAGAACCUGGAGGACCUGCUGAAGGAGAAGGACAACCAGGUGGACAUGGCGCGCGCGCGCCUCACGGCGAUGCAGGCGCACCACUGCUCUUCCGAGGGCGCGCUGUCCAGCCUGGAGGAGGCCAUCGGCGACAAGGAGAAGCAGAUGCAGCAGCUGCGCGAGCAGCGGGACCGGGCCGAGCAGGAGAAGGCGGAGGAGCGCGAGCUGCACGAGCGCGAGCUGGCCGAGUACAAGAUGAAGCUGCACGCGCUCGAGAGCGAGGUCGAGAAGCUGGGCGCGCGGCUGGAGCGCGCGCAGGCUGAGAAGGACCGGCUGGAGGCCAAGCUGGAGAGCUCGCAGUCCGAGCUGGGCAAGUCGAAGGCGGAGCUGGACAAGGCGGCGAGCGAGGCGGGCCGCAGCGGCGCCGACUGGGAGGCGGCCAAGCAGCGGCUGGCGCGCCUCGAGCUGGAGAACGAGCGCCUGCGCCACGACCUGGAGCGCUCGCAGGCCACGUUCGGCCGCAGCACGCUCACCACCUCGCAGGAGCUGGACCGCGUGCAAGAGAAGGCGGAGAAGGCGGCGGCGGAGCUGCGGCGCGCGCAGGCCGAGCUGCGCGUCACGCAGGCCGACAACGAGCGCGCGCGCGCCGAGGCGGCCGCGCUACAGGAGAAGGUGGAGAAGUCGCAGGGCGAGGUGUACCGGCUCAAGGCGCGCCUCGAGAACGCGCAGGCCGAGCGCGAGAGCCUGCGCGACGAGUACGAGCGCGCGCAGCAGGCGGCCGCGCGCCUGCACGCCGAGCGCGACAAGUCGUCCGCCGAGCUGGAGAAGGCGCGCGAGGAGCUGGAGCGCUCGCAGGCCACGCUGGGCAAGGCGCAGCUGCAGCAGGACAAGCUGCAGAACGCGCUCGACAAGGUGCAGACCGACCUGGACAAGCUGCAGGAGCGCUUCGACAAGUCCCAGGCCGAGGUGCGCCGGCUCCAGAUGGAAAAGGAAAAGCAGAACUACGAUUUUGAAAACGUACAGUCGCAGCUCGAUAAGGCACUAGGCCAAGCGACAAGACUGCAGAAGGAGCGAGAGGCGGUCCAGCUGGAGGUCGAUCGGUUAAGGGACAAGUAUGAGAAAGCUCAGAUGUUGAUGGCAAGACUCCAGAAGGAGAAAGACGGGGCCAUUGAAGAAUGUGAAAAGCUCCAAGAAAGGGUUGAGAUCCAACAGGGCCAAAUAUCCAAGGCGCAAAGGGAACGUGAAAACAUGCAGACGGAGCUGGAUAUGAUCAAGGAAAGAUGGGACAAAGCGCAACAGUUGCAUCAGAAAAUUCAGAUGGAACGAGACGACGCGUUAACUGAAAUCGAAAUAUUGAAAGAUAAGUUGGACAAGUCACAGACAGUGUCACAGAAAGCGAUGGAGGAAAGAGACAACGCAAACAAAGAGUUUGAACGUAUGCUCGAAAAAUACGAUAGGUCGCAGGGCGAAGUGUACCGAAUGCAGAACAAACUGGAGGCAGCAGAGGCGGAGAAGGACCGACUCGAGAUGGAGGUGGAGAAGGCUCAGCUGUUGGCUACCAAGUCGCGCGAAGAUCAGCGCAAAACACAAGACGAGCUGCAGCGGGUCCAAGAGAUGUACGACCGAGCUGCGCUCCAGCUGGGCCGCACUAAGGAGAAUGAGGAGAAAUUCAAAGAAGAGAUAGACCGCAUGGCUGUCGACCUCGACAUGGUGCGCGAGCGAUACGAAAAGACGCAGAUCGAGAUGCGGCGUCUGCAGAGUGAUCGCGAGAAGUACCAGGGGGACAGUGAGCGCCUCAGUUUCGAACUGGAGCGCGCGCACACGCAGUGCGCAAAGGCACAGGCUGCAAAUGAAAAGAGCCAGGAGGAAAUGGCCCGCCUGCAGGUGGAGCUAGAGAAGAUGUACGACAAGCACGACAAGGCCCAGGCCGAGCUGCGAAAGUCUCAGUCGGAGCUGGAGCGCUACCGUACCGAGGCAGAGCAGCUGCGCGAGGAAGCGGAGCGGUACGCUGCCAGGAUGGGCAAGUACCAGGACACGCAGGAGAGGACCAAGGAGGAGCAGGAUCGCCUCAAGGCCGAAGUAGAGCGGCUGCGGGAUAGGCUCGAGAAGACGAACAGUGAGUUGGAGCGAGCGCGAAAGGCAGAGCAGGAGGCAGUCCGUCUGCGAAUGGAGCUGGAGCGUGCGGAAGGUGUAAGAGGUAAAUACCAAUUCGAACAGGAGAAGUGGGCUGCAGAAACUGGUAGGCUGCAGGCAGAGUGCGAGAAAUUGCGCGAGCGGCUGGACACGAGCCAACUGGAGAUGCAGAGGGCGCUGGUGGCCAACGAGAAGCAGGAGGAGCGCCUGCACGAGCUCCAACUCGAGCUGGAGCUCGGCAAGGCCGAGUCGAUGAAAAUGACGGCGACCCAGGAAAAACAGCAGGGCGAGAUAGAGCGGUUGCACAUCGAGUGCGAAAAAGUGCGCGAUCGACACGAGACCCUCCAGAUGCGCUCCGAAGCACUGGAGAAGGAGAACGAGCGGCUGCGCUCCGAAUUGGCGCAGAAGGAGCGCCAGUUGGCGGUGGGCGACAAGAGCCGCACCGAGGUGGAGAGGGCGGGCGCCGCCGAGGUGGACAAGCUCCGCGAGCGGCUGGAGCAGGCGCAGGCAGACCUGUCCAGGGCGCAGCAGCUGCGCGAACACUCCGACGCCGAGGCGCAGCGCCUGGCGCGGGAGCUCGAGAAGUCGCAGCUGCACCUCGGCAAGUACCAGGAGAACAACGAGGCUGCGCGGAUAGAGUUUGAGCGAAUGGCGACGGAGCUCAGUCGUCUGCACGAAAAGCUCGAGAGGGCGCAGGCGGACGCGCAGCGGGCGUCGGACGAGCGUGCUCAGCUGCAGGCGGAGAGGGACGCACUGCAGGCGGACCUGCUCCGCGCGAGAAAGGCCGCCGAUCAGAUGCAGGAAGUGCAGCAGCGCACUCGGCAGGAUGCCGACAGACGUUUGCAGGAGGAUGCCUCCAAGAUGCAGCAGGAGCUCGCACAAGCUGCGAGGGAGAAGGAGAGGUUGAACUCCGCACUGGAGAAGCGCGAGAAGCAGGCGGAAAGGUUAGAGAAACAGAUGGCGAAAAUGGAGUCCGAGGUGAAACAGCUCACGCUCGAGAGAGACCAGUUAGUGGUGCAACUGGAGAAGUCACAGGACAUGCUGAUGAACUUCCAGCAGGAGCUGCAACAGUCAGAGUCGGAGCUCAGUCGACUGAAGACCGAGCACCGCAAGGUGGCGCAAGAUGCCGAAUCGCUGGAAGGGAGAGACCGGCAGGUCCAGGAGCUUCAGCAACAACUGCAGAACUUGCAGAGGGAAAGGGACCGAGAACGGCAGAGGGCGGAGCGGGCGGACCGCCGCCUGCAGGAGCUGGGCUCGCAGGCAGAGGCAGACACCGGUCAGUGGCGCCGUGCCGUGGAGGCGGAACGGGACAGGGCCGACAGGGCGGAGAGGACUGUGGCCGAACUGCAGAAAAGGGUGCAGGCUGUAGAGAGGCAGAUGAAUGCCCAACAGCAACAGAUGGCUCAAAUGCAACAACAGCAGCAACAACAGGUGCCACCGGCUGCUGCCGAGGAACUGAACAGACUGCGUAAAGAGCUCGAAAAAUCGCAGGCGGAACUCAAGAACGCGUCUGUUGAGCGAGAACGAUUCCAGGCACAGUUGGAGAUGCUAGUUCAGGAGCUGGAGAAGAACCAGCUGGAUCUUCAAGAAGCGAACAAGAAACUAGCGAAUGGCGCAGCGAGAGCUGGAGAAGAAGCUACCGCCCUUAGAAUGCAAUUAGAAGAGCAGAAGAAACAACUAGAAGAGCAGAGGAGACAAUUAGAGGAGCACAAGAGAGGCUUAGAUAGUAAAAGUAGGCAAUUAGAAGAAAAAGAAAAAUCUAUAGCAGAUGCAGAUCAGAAACUGAAGAAAAGGAAAGAAAAACUUGAUCAGCUGGAGGCACAACUUCAGAAGGGUGCAGGAGCAAGGGGUGGAAAUGCAGAAAUACAGAAAAGAAUGCUAGAACUAGAACAACAGGUUGAAACUCAUCAAAAGGAGCUGGAGAAAUCCAAAGAAGAUGCACAGCGUUCGCAAGUAGAAAUGGAAAGACUUCUACAGCUUGUCCAAAUGAGUCAAGAAGAACAAAAUGCCAAAGAAAAGACAAUUCGUGAUCUUCAAGAGGCACUGAAGAAUGCCCAAGCAAAACUGAGAAGCCAACAAGCCAGUGCACAAAUGGAAAGGAGAGAAGAGGUGGAAAUGCAGGACAAGGCUGUGGAAACCAUUCUGAACAUCAGCAGCAAAAAUGCUUCGGAAGUUAUGGAAGAUGCUAAAGAAGAAAAGAGUGAUGGUUUCGAUGAUCGAGUGAGUGAAAUUCAAGAACUUAAGGAAGAACUCAAGAAACGUGGGCAAAAGGUGUCUGAACUGGAGAAAGAAAUUGGUACCCUGGAAACUGCUCUUCAGGAGAAUGCAAACAUAGCUGAGCUUGAGGAACUGGUUGUGGUGGUUCGACAGAAAGAUGACAGAAUUGAGGAGCUGGAGGAGGCACUUCGUGAAAGUGUUAGAAUAACUGCAGAAAGGGAGAAGGUGUUACAUCAGGAAUCAACACGUCGGAAACAGAUUAUGGAAAAGGUGGGUAAAUUGGAGCAGCGAUUACUGUCUCUUCAGACAGCACAUGCAUUACGCUGCAGCUCUUGCCGUCCAUUAGUUGGUCGCUUGCAGGAAUUGGAGCAACGACUAGGGUCACUUACAGCUGAAAGGCGGCAGCAUCUGCAGGAUUUGUCACGCAUGAAGCAAGAAGCUCUUGAAGCAGCACUCAGUGAAAAGGAUGCACAUUUAGCCUUACUGGAAGUGUCAGGCAUCAGAACAGCAAGACAAGCAGAAGAGGCAGAGCAAUUACGUGCUGAUCGAAAAAGGCUUAUGGAAAAACUCCGAGAAGAGAAUGAACAGAGUGUUCGGCUGCUGCAAGAGUAUUCCCUGCCAGAUGUAGAGCAGUUCACAUCAUCUGUAACAAAUCUCAUUGAAGCAGAAGAUAAAGAGAAAGAAACCACCUCCAGUAAUCAAAAUGGUCAUUCACAUCACGAGGAAGAGAUUGAUCAAGACAGUUUGGAACCCUUGAGCCCAGAUUCUACCUUAGGUAUGUGAAAUGUUUUUGGUUAUCAUCGUUCUUCACAAGUAAAGAAGAAGUAGUUUCAAAAAGGUGCUGUGCGUCCCUUAUACCUGAACAUUUCCAUAUGCAGGAUGUCUGUGCAUAUCUUCUGAAACAAUUUUGUGUCCAAAUCAAGAUAUGAACAUGAAGAUUUCAUAAUAAAAUGUGCUGCACUUAUUUUGCACAAUAAGUUCCUCCCUGUCUAUAAAUGCACUGCCAUUAAUGGCCCACAAACUAUGGGAGUCUGGCCUUCAGCUGACAGGUUGAUUUAAGUGCAUCACAGUUUUUGAAAUGGUGAUAUUCACUCUAAAGACAUUGCUAGCACACGGUAUGUGUGUAUUUUACAACCGCAUAUUUAGUUAAUUGGUGCCGUAACAUUUUGAUACAAACAUGUGAGUGAAGUGUGUGUGAAAUGACAACUUACUACUUUGCAAAAUGACUAUUUGUGCUGUGAGUGAGAAAAUGACGUGUGAAGAAAAAAUGAGUUUCUGACAUCUCCUGCUUAUUAUAGCAAUAAUACACGCAUGCCACUUAAAUGCAGAAAGCAGUGUCUACAAUAUUUUUUAGCCUUGUUACUGUACUGUGAAAAAGGAAAGGAAAUGUGAAAUGUGGGGAGGUGUUGACAAUAAAUAAAGCAACUCACUGAACCAUGUCUUCCUAUGGUGGAGAGUGCUUUAAGAAAGCACAAGCUGGGUAGUGAUUUGGAAGAAUAAAAACACAAGAGAAAGUCAUAUUAAUGUGUUUUUUUAAAUGACUUUCACUUCAAAAUGCCUUCUUUGCUCGGGUAGACUAUUUUCAUUUCUUUUUCAAAAUAACAAUGUGUGUGAUCUGUUUUGAUUUUCAACAUUUAUGUAGAUUUCAUAGUAGUUCUGUAUUUCAGUAGAACUGUUACACAAUGUUAGAUAUCAUUCAAUGAAAUAAAACAGGAAA